GACAAAUCCGCAAACAAAAUCCAAAAAUCCAAUAAAAUGUUAUGACCUCCCGCCCCCACGCCGACAUUAAAACCACAGAACAGCACAAAUCCAUCUAAAAAGCCUACAAAUGUCGAAUCUUUCUUCAUCCUCAAUCAUGGUGGAUCCCCUUUCGAACCCUCAACCAAAAGAGAACCAAUUUUGGCCUCCGAAUGCGGAGCUGAGUCUACUGACCGCGGUUCUCGAGAUCGCCAGAGAACCAGCGGAGUCUUACGACCCAAGAAUCAAUCUAUUUGAUCGCAUCGGAAAAAUCCUCAACAAAUCUCGUACGAAUCAAGAGGUUUUGGGGAAAAUCAGUGAGUUGAAGGCGAGGUAUUUGAAGAGAUGUCGUGGUCACAUUGUAAAUGGCAAAUUUCUGAAGAGAACUCCUGUGUUCGAGAUCAGCGAAAAGAUUUGGGGUGAUGAGGUGAAGAAGAUAAAGGACAAUUGGGAGAAGGAUGCACAAAGCAAGAAAGAGCAUGAUGUAGGACAGGGGAAGAAGCACAAGAAAGGCAUGCUCAUUGUCGAUAAGCUGAAGGUGGUUCAAAAUCAAAAGAGAAAACUAUGCUUUAAAUGCGGGGAUCCUGGGCAUCUAGCUCGUCAUUGCUCUAAAGAGAUUGAGAAGCAUCUGCCCAACCAGCAAGAGACAAUGGAGAUUUCAGAAGACAAUUCCACAUUACAACUUGACACAGAAAAUAAGAAUGAAGAACAGGCUAACCCCUUGACAUCUCCAAGGUACACAUGCAACCAGGGUGUACCUGGUUUCUUCAUGACAUUACCAGCAAUUAUUUAGGAUCUACCAUCAGUAUUGUUAAUGUUUCUUGGAAAAGGCAAAGUGAGUUUAUCACAAUAGGGCGACUUGUUUAGCUUGAUAUGG